AGGAAAACCCACCUCUGUGCUGUGGGAAAACCUUGUAAAAGUGAAAAUGAGAGGGAAUUUAAAUUUUUUUGAUUGCUGAUGUAAUCUCAAUCUGUUAGUAAUAAUUGCAUAGAAGUGCUAGGAUCUGUCCCUGUAUUUAAUUUCAAUGUUAUAAUCCUCUAACAUGUUAUACUUAAUUAUGGCCUUAAAAUAAUUUACUUAAUUGAUGUGUAAAAUAUAAGCCUAAUCUUAUCUACCUCAAUAUUAUGCAAAUAACAUAAAACAGUGGUAUGAGAAUAAUUUAAAAAUAUUACUUUGGUGUGUAUUAUGCAUUAAAAAAGGGCUAUUGAUUUUUAUUUUAUUUAUAACAAAAUUAUCAGAGAGAUAGUACCAUGUUUUUUUCAAGGUUUCUUAAAUUGGUACAGCCACUGUCCAAAAUUAAUAAUGCCAGAAGAUUACAGUCAAGUUAUAACCGUAGUGUUAAUUUCUUCUUAAGGAAAAAUCUACUCUUAACGAAUUGCAUAACUUCAGGUUUAUUUAUGGGUUUAGGAGAUUAUAUUCAACAAAAAAUAGAGGCAUACCCUGACACAAAGAAAAGAGACUAUGACUGGUAUAGAACAGGGCGCAUGUUGAUUGUUGGUGGAGUUUUAGGACCUCUUCAUCAUUAUUAUUACGUCUACUUGGAUAAAAUUUGGCCCAGAGCAGAUUUGAGAUCAGUGGGAAUAAAAAUACUUUGGGACCAGCUAGCAUGUUCACCUCUCACUAUUCUAUGUUUCUUUUAUGGUAUGGGAUAUCUUGAGAAACAUAGUACAACGGAAAUUAACGAUGAGGUCAAAGAAAAGUUUAUGUAUGUCUACCUGGGUGACUGGUUCUUUUGGCCACCUGUGCAGUUUAUAAAUUUUUAUUACCUGCCCACACACUACAGGGUGCUGUACAUAAACAUAGCUACAACUGCAUAUGAUGUGUUUCUUUCAUUCAUGAAACAUUACGACCAGCAUGAAAAAAGUAUUACAUCAAAAGAUGUUAAAAGUAUUGAAUAGUUCAAAAUAAGUUUAAUUUAUUUUUUAGCAAUAUAUUUUUAGACUAGUUAA